GGCCGCUCGGGGGAUUAGACUAGAAAUAGCGGCAGCAGCAGCGACAGCUCCCGGGCGUGGAGAACUCCCACAGAGCUGCUGCAGCCUUAGCGCAUCUCUUCUCUUCCGCCACCCCAUCUCUGCACCUGAGGGAGCAGCCAGUGCGCCUCAGGCGCGCCUUCCCGCGCACUGGAGCAAGGCGGCCGGUGAAAACGGGGGAGGGGGGUUCGGCGCAGCUGCAAGAGGGCAGCCAAACGAGGGAGCGGGCGGGAGCGAGGAGAGACGGUGGCCUCCUCGUGAGCAGAGGCAGCGCCAGCACCGCGAGGAGGAGAACAGAGGUGCGGCAGUGGCUACAGAAGGACGCGGGCGCACUGACAGUUGCUGUUUCCCCCCCCUCCCCUUGUAGAAACGGUAGCAAUCCUAUUAGUCGAAGAUGUCCGGUCAGACGCUGACAGAUCGCAUCGCAGCUGCUCAGUACAGCGUUACAGGAUCAGCUGUAGCUAGAGCCGUCUGCAAAGCAACCACACAUGAAGUGAUGGGGCCCAAGAAAAAACACCUGGACUAUCUCAUCCAAGCCACGAAUGAGACAAAUGUCAAUAUUCCCCAAAUGGCUGAUACACUCUUUGAGAGAGCAACAAACAGUAGUUGGGUGGUUGUGUUCAAAGCCUUAGUUACAACACAUCAUCUAAUGGUUCAUGGCAAUGAGAGGUUUAUUCAGUAUUUGGCAUCUAGAAACACACUUUUCAAUCUCAGCAAUUUUUUGGACAAAAGUGGAUCACAUGGAUAUGACAUGUCCACAUUUAUCAGGCGCUACAGUAGAUACUUAAAUGAAAAAGCAUUUUCCUACAGACAAAUGGCAUUUGAUUUUGCAAGAGUGAAGAAAGGUGCUGAUGGUGUAAUGAGGACAAUGGUUCCAGAAAAAUUACUGAAGAGCAUGCCUAUAUUACAGGGACAAAUAGAUGCACUUCUUGAAUUUGAUGUUCAUCCAAAUGAACUGACAAAUGGUGUUAUAAAUGCUGCAUUUAUGCUUCUGUUCAAAGAUCUCAUCAAACUUUUUGCUUGCUACAAUGAUGGAGUUAUUAACUUAUUAGAGAAAUUUUUUGAAAUGAAGAAGGGACAAUGCAAAGAUGCUCUUGAAAUUUACAAAAGGUUUCUGACCAGAAUGACAAGAGUAUCAGAAUUCCUCAAAGUUGCAGAGCAAGUUGGAAUUGACAAAGGAGACAUACCUGAUCUCACACAAGUGUUGCUGACCAGAGUUCUCUGUGAUCUGAAAAACAGUGAUGAUAAUGAAAAGUCUCCUUUUAAAGACUAUACAAUUGAUGAACCGGCUCCCAGUAGUCUUAUGGAGACUCUUGAACAGCAUCUAAACAGUUUGGAAGGAAAGAAACCUGGAAACAGCUCUGGCGCUCCUUCACCCUUGAGCAAGUCUUCUCCAGCCACAACUGUUACGUCUCCUAAUUCCACCCCGGCAAAAAGUAUUGAUACAUCUCCUCCAGUUGAUCUCUUUGCAACAUCUUCAACAGCGGCUCCAGUCAGUGCUUCCAAACCCUCCAGUGAUCUUCUAGACCUUCAGCCAGACUUCCCAUCUACUACUGCACAAGCAGCUUCAGCAGCUCCUGCUGGAGCAACUUCAUGGGGAGACCUCUUGGGAGAGGACAGUUUGGCUGCACUUUCCGGUGUUACUUCUGAGCCACAGAUUUCAGAUCCAUUUGCAACAGAGCCCACCCAAGCUGCUACUGCUGCAACUACUGAAAUAGCAAGUGCUACAGUUACAACUGUUACUUCUGCUACAGCUGCUGAAGUGGAUCUCUUUGGAGAUGCCUUUGCAGCUUCUCCUGGUGAAGCCCCUGCAGCAGCUGAAGGGGCAGCAGCACCAGCUACCCCAACCCCUGUAGCAGCAGCUCUUGAUGCAUGUUCAGGAAAUGACCCCUUUGCCCCAUCUGAAGGCAGUGCAGAGGCUGCUCCAGAGCUGGACCUCUUUGCUAUGAAGCCAACUGAGACCAGCGUUCCUGUAGUUACCCCUACAACUAGUGCAGCCACUCCAGUGCCCGCAACUACUCCUACUCCAGCUGCUUCCGUGGCCCUUCCAGCCCCUGCUACUACUGCUACUACUACGGCCACUACCACUACUGCUACCACGUCUGCUACUACCACUACCACCAUCACCUCCGCUCCUCCUCCUGCUCUAGAUAUCUUUGGUGAUUUGUUUGAGUCUGCACCUGCCGAUGCCCCUGCAGCACCUAAGUCAGAUGCUACUCCUAGCAUAGACCUGUUUGGUACAGAUGCUUUUUCUUCUCCACCAGCUGGAGCUUCUCCUGUGCCUGAGAGUUCUCUCACUGGUGAUCUGUUAUCUGUGGAUGCAUUUGCAGCACCAUCAUCCCUGCCCACUGCCUCCCCAGCUAAAGUGGAGUCUUCAGGUGUGAUUGACCUGUUUGGUGAUGCUUUUGGAAGUAGUGCACCUGAACCCCAGCCUGCAACCCAAGCGGCUUCUAGUUCCUCUGCUUCUGCUGACCUAUUGGCUGGUUUUGGAGGUUCUUUGAUUGCUCCAUCUCCAUCACCUUCCCCUGUUACACCAGCUCAGGCUAAUAUACUACAGCCCAAUUUUGAAGCCGCUUUUGGAGUAUCACCUUCACCUUCUCCUGGUGGCACUUCCUUUGAUCCCUCAGUGUUUGAUGGCUUAGGUGACCUCCUUAUGCCAACUAUGAUGUCAUCUGGUCAACCACUUACUGCUUCAGGAACAGCCGCUACUUCUACAUCAGCUGCAACCAAAGGCAUUGGAAGUGAUCUUGAUUCAUCUCUUGCAAACUUAGUAGGAAAUCUUGGAAUUUCUGGUAGUACAUCAAAGAAGGGAGAUCUUCAGUGGAAUGCAGGGGAGAGGAAGUUAACAGGAGGAGCCAAUUGGCAACCAAAAGUAGCACCUGCGACAUGGUCAACUGGCGUUCCUCCAAGUGGUCCAUUGACAGGAUCUGUGUCUCCUGCUGGUGCUGUCCCUCCUACAUCUGGUGCACCCCCUGUACAGCCUGGGUCAGGAUUUGGCAUGCAACCCCCUGGAGCAGGUGUUCCAAUGAUGCCACAGCAGCCAGUUAUGUAUGGACAACCUAUGAUGAGGCCACCAUUUGGAGCAGCUGCAGGGCCAGGUGCACAACUCUCUCCAAGCCCUACACCUGCCACUCAGAGUCCCAAAAAACUUCCAACAAAGGACCCAUUAGCAGAUCUUAACAUCAAGGAUUUCCUAUGAACUAUUUAAGCUGUAGUUUUCUGACAGGAUAACUGAAGAUGCAAGUUUGGAAUCUACAAACAAGAAUUUUGUUGCUCAGAGUUGUCCAAGUGAGCCACCACUACCAAACCCAGUGCUUACUCAGAUUUCUCUCCUACUUCCAAAACGUGUAUCACAGCUGUGAAAGUGAACAUUAGGAAUGUGUAAUAUCUUAGUUGUUAUCCCUUCUCUCUCUCUCUUUCUCAGUUUGUGUACUUGGGUUAUUAUUUAUGUGUUUUACAACUUUAAACAAUGGAUGUAUGUUUCUGAUGCCUUCUUAGUGCUUUUCUGAACCUAUCAAAUAGGGACAGAUUAUGCAGCUGUUUUGUGGUGAGCCAUUUGGAGCGAUGUGUCUGUGUUUCUGGAGGUCUCAAUGUAAAUAACUUGGGCAAACUUCCAAAUUUUUCCCUUUUGAAGUCCAGUUUCUCUUGUAUAUCUGUUAUACAAAAUAAUAGUGUGAUGACAUUGGGUAGUAAGAAAAGCACUGUGGAAUACAUUUUUCCCCAAAUGCAGGAUUCUCAAUUAGUUGUGGGAUAUGUUUUAUUUUUGUGGCACUGUACAUGUUAAGCUAAAGUAAUAUAAAAGAGAAUUCCCAUUUAAUGCAUCUUCUUUCAAGUUGCUUUGCAAUGAAUUAAAAAACAUUGAACAUACCUUAACAAUUAUUUUUAAAAUAUUGAAGGGUCUUCUUUUUUAUUUUAAAAAGCAGCUUAUUUAUCAGCUCUUAUUUUAAAUGCACUGAAAAUAAGUAAAGGGUAAGUUCCUUGCCAUGCAGUUGAAGAAAAAACAACCAUAGCUGGGCAAACAUUUCAAAGAUUGUCAGAUUAAUUAGGUCACUCAUUGUGCCUGUUGGCAAAUCACAAAUUAUUUUAUUUUUUAUUUAGCUUUUCUGUACAUCUGUUAGUUUGGUGCUUCUCUGUAUAUGCCUUAGACUAGUAGUGUUUCUCCAUAAACCACUGUGUAUUUUCUGUACUGUCUGUGAUUAGAGGUCACACUAAACUGGAGAACUGCACCCUUUACUGCAAACAGGAAAAAAUGUGCUCCUUUAAACGUUUUAGUUCAUUCUCUCAUACUGUUUGUGCUGAUGGCUUGGCUUAAGAUUUUUGACUCCUUAAUAAGGUCACUGUUGAUCAGUGUUACAAGUGGCUUAGCAGCUCUUUGUAAAAGCAUAUUCGGUUGGAAAGAUGUUCACCUGAGUCUUUCAAAUUAACUAUUUAAUCAAUAUAUGGUACCAUUUUUUAAAAAGUGGGUGUAUCUGAACUUAUUGUGGGGAUAACAUACACUGUAAUGACAGAGAGUUAGAGAGAGAAUUUCAAAGUGGGUUUUCUUUGUAUUUUGUUUUGAGAAAAACCCAGUGCAUGUGUACUUUCUGAGAUGCAAUAAAACACCUUGAUCAAAGUAAAUUCAAACACAAAAA